AUGAUUUUAACUCAAUAGACUGAGGAAGAAACUUUUAUUUAAAUCACAAAAAAUAUUAGUUAAGUGGGAAUUGAUAAUGAAGGCACUUUUAAAUACAUAUUAAUUAAAAUGACAUGCAAUAAUAAUUAAGAGUUUUAUUUUGUAAGAGGUUUUAAAUAAUAUGGAUAUCAUGCUUAAAAUUUUGAACAUUUUUGUAAUGAAGCAAAAAAUGGUUUGAAAUGGUCAGAAUUUACAUUUGAUUUGGAAGAUGGAAAAAUAAAGGGAGAAUUAAAUGGAUUUAAAUUCAAAUUUAAAUGUCUAGGAGGAGGUAGACUCAAACAUUCAAAUAUUUAAUAAACUUUAGAAAUAUAUGGAUAUUCUUGGUUAUAUGGAUAAUGUGAACAUAAAAUAUCUUUAAAUACAAUUAGAACUGUUUAUCCAUAUUUAGAUGAAAAUGUAAUCACAAGAAAUGAUGGUUAUUGA